GGCGGGCCGUUAGCGGAAACCGGAAGCGCCUGCAGGAGCUGUGUGACCUGAGAAGGUCUCCGGCCUUGUGCAAGAGUUGCACGGUGAGUUUGGCAGUGAACUUCCCCAGACUGUGUUACCGAAAAGCACAGCAGAACUGCGAUGUUUAAGUGCAAGACAGUAUGGAAUAAGCUGGCUCCGCUGGCCCGGGCCUCAUCCACUUUGUGUCUGCAGAAUGCGAGGAAAUCAGUGCUGAGACAUGGCAGAAGGCUGGAUAUGGUUCAAAAAGCCCAGAUGUCAUCAGGGCCAGCAGGAGGAAGUGGGGAAAACACUCUGUAUUACAUCCUGGUUGGAGCAACAUGUCUGGGGGCAGGAGUUUACGCAUACCGCACUGUCUCAGGGGACAAGGAAAGAUAUAAUGAGCGUAUGAUAGAACUUGCCAGUAGACCAAAACAAGAGCCAAAAGCAGCUGAGGCUGUAGGUGAAGUUGUGGCAGAAUCAAAAGAAGAUGCUGCAGCACCUCUGGAAUCCAUCCCAGAACCAUCUCCAGAGCCAGUUAUAAGUGAGCCAGUUGCUGAAGAACCAACUCCAACAGAACCUCCUGUUGAAGAACCUCUGGUAACAGAAGCUAUUGUGAAGUCCACUGAAACUGAAGCUGUUGCAGAAGCUCCCAUAACUGAACCCUUUGUGGAAGAACCUAUAACAGAAGCCAUUGUGGAAGCCCCGGUAACUGAACCUGUUGAAGCCUCUGUAGCAGAAUCCGUCAUUGAAGUCCCUGUAACGGAACCUGUCGCAGAAGCUCUAGCAGUUACACAGAGUGAAGAGCCCUUAGCUCCUGUAGUUGAGAGUGAAACCGAGCCCACACCUGUAAUCAUCGCUGAGCAUGUUCCAGAGGCUUCAUCUGUUUCUGAGAGUGCUGCAGAUCCUGAGCCAGAUUCUGCUGCGGUGCCCUUUGAACCCACUGCUGCUCAAUUAGAUGUCCCUGAACACGCUCCCUAUCUGCUGAUUGGUGGAGGCACAGCUUCAUUCGCUGCAGCUAGGUCUAUUCGGGCACGUGACCCUGGUGCCAGGGUGUUGAUUGUAACGGAGGAGUCUGACCUUCCCUACAUGAGACCCCCUCUCUCUAAAGAGCUCUGGUUCUCCGAUGACCCCAAGGUCACCGAAACACUGCGCUUCAAACAAUGGAACGGCAAAGAGAGGAGUAUUUACUUCCAGCCUCCCUCGUUCUAUGUCAGUCCCGCGGAUCUUGCUAAAGUGGAGAAUGGGGGUGUGGCUGUGCUUACUGGCCGUAAGGUGGUACACAUGGAUGUCAGAGAAAAUAAAGUCAAACUAAGUGAUGGUGCAGAGAUCUCCUAUGAAAAGUGCUUGAUUGCCACAGGUGGGGUGCCUAGGAACCUGCAAGUGAUUGACAGGGCAGGAGAGGAGGUGAUAAAGAGGACGACGCUCUUUAGGAAAAUUGAAGACUUUAGAUCUCUAGAGAAGAUCUCCAGAGAGGUUAAGUCCAUUACCAUCAUCGGCGGAGGUUUUCUCGGUAGCGAGCUAGCAUGUGCCAUGGGUCGCAGAUCCGCUGACCUUGGUUUAGAGGUGAUCCAGUUGUUCCCAGAGAAGGGUAACAUGGGAAAAGUACUACCUGAAUACUUGAGUAACUGGACCACUGAGAAAGUUCGGAAAGAGGGUGUGAACAUAAUCACGGAUGCUGUAGUCAAAAAUGUGAGCUACAAAAAUGACAAAUUGGAGAUCAAACUGAAGGAUGGACGACUGGUGAAGACCGACCACAUUGUGGCAGCAGUUGGUUUGGAGCCCAGUGUAGAACUUGCCAAAUCAGGUGGACUGGAGGUGGACUCUGAUUUCGGAGGGUACCGUGUUAACGCUGAGCUCCAGGCUCGCUCCAACAUCUGGGUGGCAGGAGAUGCUGCAUGUUUUUAUGACAUCAGGCUGGGCCGCCGGCGUGUGGAGCAUCAUGAUCACGCGGUGGUCAGCGGCAGACUGGCCGGUGAAAACAUGACUGGAGCCAACAAACCCUAUUGGCAUCAGUCUAUGUUCUGGAGUGAUCUUGGACCAGAUGUUGGAUAUGAAGCCAUCGGUAUAGUGGACAGCAGUCUGCCCACCGUGGGAGUGUUUGCUAAAGCCACAGCCAAGGACACACCGAAAGCUGCAACCGAACAAUCAGGCACCGGAAUCCGUUCCGAGAGUGAGACAGAGGAGGUUGCUGGGGCGUUGAAGGCAGAAACAACAGCCCCUCCACCCCUUAUCCAGCAGAAGGAGGAUUAUGGGAAGGGAGUGAUAUUCUACCUGAGGGACAAAGUGGUGGUCGGUAUCGUUCUGUGGAACGUCUUCAACAGAAUGCCCAUCGCAAGGAAGAUAAUCAAAGAUGGAGAGGAACAUACAGAUCUGAAUGAGGUGGCCAAGCUUUUCAACAUCCAUGAGGACUGAAUAAUCUUUCAUUUUCUCUGUUCUCUGUCCACAUCUAUGUGGAAUGAACUUGGAAAAAGACACAUACACACAGAACAAACACAUACAGGCUUACAUCAGCCUGUCCUCUGUCAUUUUGACCUUGAACUCUCUGAGAUCAAGACAUGCAAUGCUGCCUCUGGGCUGCAAGGUGGCGCUGUGAUUUCAAUGUGCUCAUGGAUUGGUUCAAACUGUAUCACUCAAUUUUCUACUAAGAGGAAAUCUAUACCUGUUGUUUGUAUUGAAAAGUGCUGUGUUUUUUUUUCUGUUGAGGUCAGUAAAAUUUCAUCUCACUUCUUGUGUGCAUCCCUUCUAAACACGUCCUCCAAAACCUCAAAACCAGACUGGAUAACCACUUUUGCUGAGAAUUGCAAUAAAAUUGCAUUUUGAAUCAAACAAAACCAGAUGAAAGACAGUCCUCUGACACCUGGUUGCACAAUGUUUUCUGUCUGCACGAUCAAAGCAGCUGGUACCAAUGAAACUAAAUAAAAGUAAAUUAUUUUUAA